UAUCCGGUUUUAAAAUUCUCCCCAAAAUAUUUGUGCAAGAGAAGAGGAUCGAAGGGCUCCACUCUAAAGUGCGCUUAAAGUGGCGAGGCGCACAUUUCUACUUCGUCCAUGGCCUUUGGGGAAUCCAAACUGAGAGCAAAUUGAUUGAAGUCCUCUGUCGAUCAAUUCAUCUUUUCACAUGACUGCCCACAAUUUCUAGAAAAUCGGAUAAAUUCCUUCUUGUUCGAACCAGAUGCUGUGGUCGGAAUGGGGAAAGUCGAUGAUCAGCCACUGCCAGUUGUGCAGCAGCAGAAUCCGGGAACAUCCGCCGGCCGGAGAUGUUCGGUGGAUGUUUCUCGCUUCAUCUCCUUAAAGUGCGCCGCCGUUUUGAUGCUCAGCUACGCUGCUUUUGUUUUGGCUUUGGUUUGGGCUCUUCCAAUCCGGUAUCGGCACCUAGGGUUCGAAGCCAAGGAAUCAGUCAAGCACAGCGCAACGGUUCAAGCAUACUUCCGACUCAACAAACCAGUUUCAGAGCUUAUUCCAUACAUUAAACGACUAGAAUAUGAUCUCAAUGGAGAAUUAGGUGUCCCUUCCUCUAAGGUUGCCGUCCUGUCUAUGCGCCCAGAAGGGAAGUCUAAGUGGACAGACGUAGUUUUCGGCUUUCUUCCUAACUCAUAUAAUAGUGAAAUAGACCCGGUGCCCUUAAGUCUGCUGAAGUUGUCCUUAAUAGAUCUAUUCCUUCGACAAGUUAACUUGACAGUGGAUUACUCAUUUUUUGGAGACCCUUCUACAUUUCAGAUUUUGAAAUUUCCUGACGGGGUCACUAUAAUACCCGAACAAGCUGCUGUGAUCUUGCAGACACACCCUGUUCUUUUUCGUUUUACGCUCAAUAGCUCUAUUUAUGACAUAAGGAAAAACCUUCAGGAUCUGAAAAAACAGCUGAAAUUGGGACUGCACCUAAUGCCCAAUGAGGGAGUGUACAUAAAGGUAACAAACAAAAUUGGGUCGACCAUAGAUGCUCCCGUUUCUGUGGAAGCUUCAGUUGUUUCGGAUCUGGGAUUCCUUUCACAGGAGAGACUGAAACAAUUAGCUCAUAUCCUUACUGGCCCUGCAAGAAAUCUUGGACUUGAUCAUUAUGUGUUCGGUAAAGUUAAGGGAAUUAGGUUGUCGUCAUAUCUAAAGCAUUCACUUCAUUCACCAAGCCCGACUCCAUCACCAUCUCCGGCUCCAUCCCCAGAGCAAAUCGGUGGUUGUAGCCCGUCUCCUCUGCCCUCUUCACCUAGUCCACAAAAUCAACCCCACCAUUCAUCCCCUCCGAUAGGUAAUCUGCCAAAGUCCUCAGUAGCUCAUAACAGCCGACAUUGCGGGUCCAGUGAUCCACCAAGAUUGCCUCCAGCAGGUUUGACACAUGAGAUCUUGCCAAUUCCUCCUCCAUUACCUGGUGCAACAUACGAUUCAUGGGGUCAAGAAAGGAGCAGGAAAUAUUUGGUCUCUCGGAAUCAUGUUUUGCCGUCAAUUUCAUCAUCCAGAUCGUGUAAUGGAAGAAUUGGAUGGGUGAACAACAUGUUAAUUGGAGUUGCAGCAGUGGUUGUUCCUUUCCUCCUCAUUUAACCUCCUGCUGGCUGCUGUAUUGAUAUGGUGGCUCCUAUCCUAUCCGAUCCGAUCCGAAGCUGUUGAGACUUUGAAGUGCACAGAGAGAGAGAGAGAGAUUGAGGGACCUUCUCCUCCCUCAGAAACAAGAUAAAGAAAUAUUACUAACUGUACAUGGAAGAAUUUUAAAGAGGUCGAGGCCGAAAGGUGGUGGCCUGAAGACACUCACUCACUCACUGAUUUCAUUUGACAUGAUGUAAUUCACUCACUCACUCACUCACUCAUCUUUCCCAAAGGGAAUGACAUGAACAAACAAAACUGUACAAUUUGCAUUUAUUGCAGAUGAGAAAGAUGAUGAUUAUCAUAAAUCAUGUUGAUGUUCUUUCUGGUUGGUUUGAUUUGGUGUU